AUGAAAGGUGGUAAACGAGACAAAGAGUCUAGAGGAAAGGAGAAAGAGAAAUUGGAUGCGUCGAUGAAGGGCGAAAUGCACCAUCUUCUCCACUCACUCUUUCGCGCUUCUUUCUUGCCAAUGCGCAGGUCACGUGGUAAUGACGGAGGCUCAAUAGCCAAACGAGACGAACUCGUCCGAACCAAACCCUCCUCCGAAAAAGUCGACCCUGAACUUCUACGACAAUCUCUGUACACAGUUUGCACUCUCUCCCGCCAGCCCCUCACACCACCUGUUGCAUCCGACCCCUUGGGAAAGCUAUACAACAAAGAUGCGGUGGUACAACAUCUUCUUUCCCAUCACGCAAUCUCCUCAUCCUCGCCAUCAGCACCGGAUCCAACCCCGCACAUUAGGGGCUUACGAGAUAUAGUUGAACUCAAACUCACCCCGAACAACCUUUACCGUCCACCAUCACCUUCUUCACCCACGAGCGAAGGUUCAGUAUACCCAUUCAUGUGUCCUCUUUCAAGGAAGCAGAUGGACGGAAAGCAGAAGUUUGUAUACAUCGCAAGCUGUGGUUGUGCUAUGAGUGCUACUGGACUCAAAGCUACAGUGGCUGCGUCGAAAGGGAAUGAUGGGAAGGAAGAGGAGUACAGACCUUGUCCGGUGUGCGGCAAGCAGUUCAACGCGGGGGGGCUUGCAAAAGGAAAACAAGCAGAGGUAGGCGGGGAUGUGGUAACGAUCAAUCCGAGUGCGGAAGAGGAAGCGGAGAUGAGAGAUGUGAUGGAGAAAAGGAGAGCGGAGGAAAAGGCGAAUAAGAAGAAGGCAAAAGCCAGAACAGCAGAUGAGGCAGAAGCUCCAAAUGGAGAUGCGGAGGAGGAUAAGGCGGAAAAGAGGAGGAGGAAAGCUCAGAAGAAGGCAAAAAAAAAGUGCAAAGAUUGCAGCUUUGCAGGCUGA